ACUCGCAUCAUCGAGUGUAAAUGAAAAAUCCACAUGUACGUACAGGAUAUGAAUUGACGCAGUGCUGCGAUUUUCCCCUUUGUUGCGCAUAAAUGAAUAUUUAUUGCCAUUUAUUUAGAAAGCUAUAAUGGUAUACAUUAAAACAUCCGUUUAAAGGCUUUAAACGAUGACGAAAUGGUGUAAUUUAUAUAUACUUAUAAACACCUUUGUAUAAAACGAGGAAUUCUCGACGAAGAAACACCCAAAUGCAGGAAAUCAUUUUGGAUCGAUUAACUAUAUAAGAUUUAUGAUUUAAAUUAAUUUUCAACAUAUGGUGUGAAAAUCAUUGUCUUUUCAUCUCGAAUAGCCGAGGAGUAGGAGCGUAAAAAUGUAGUCACUUUUGGAAAAUUAAAAAAUAGUGGUUGGUGAACAUUACGUCACAAUGUUUGGAACACAAAAAAUUUCGACGGGUGCGCAGGUGCUUGGCAUGUUAUCUCCCUUGUUUCUGACCAUAUCCCUGGUGCUAAUAAUGGUCGGAAUCGGACUGCCGUAUUGGCUGAUAUAUGGAGGAACUUCUUACGGAAUAUUUCAGAUCUGUGCGUCAUCGGUUACGUCAUGUUCUUUUUCCAUCACAGAACUCGGGACCUCCCAUCCUGAUAGCGUCUUACACUGGAAUAUCAUGAUCUCUAUGGCUGUGAUAGGAGGCUUUUUCUUAUUCAUAUCGGAAAUCCUGAUAUUUAUCUACCCAUGCAAGAAAGAGAUAAACCACUGCAAACUUGGCUUAGGGGCCGUUUCUUGCUUCUUUUGUUUUGUUGGAGCGUUGUUAAUCUUGGCCGUUGUUGGGAUGAUGAUUGGAACAGCCAGCGUCUCCGUUACUGACGUCACUAGCGUUUCCUUUGCAACGACGGACUAUCUCGGCUGGUCAUUAUAUGUAUCUUUUUCCGGGGCGAUUUUUGCCGUAUUUACCGGAUUCCUUUUCUCAAUUCAUCUUUUCCUUGCCUGCUAUUACUGAUUUAUUAUUGUUAUAUAUAUUUUUCUUGUAUUUAUUUUUUGUUAUAUAAUUCAAUGUUGUAUUACAUGUACAAUUUAUAAGAAACCCUUUUUAUAACCACUUGGAAUAUUGUGCAUGAUUUUGCAAUCGGGAGUAAAAUCCACUUUUGAACUGUAUAUGUCUUUAGAUAGUUUGCUUUUGUAAUGUGCCAAAUUUCUUUAGUUGCUUUUGUAUAUUGAUGUAAAGCAAUAUUGGCAUGAUUGUUUGCCAAAUGAUUACAAAAACCAUUCAAAACACUUGAAUAGAACAUUAUUACGUACAUAGAAUAGAAUUUUUUACAGCAAGUCAAAUAAGUGUUUCCAAAAAAGAAAAGUUUACGAGCAAUAAACUUUUGCUGGAUAUAAAUUGACGUAUUUUUCUGUUUUAACAAAAAUGUUUUGUCAUGCAACAAUGCAUGCUUACUUCCAUAAAGCCAUUCAAAUUGCAUAGCAUUGAUGAAGUGGAGUUCGUUUUAAAUCUCAAUGCUUACCUGAACAGAGGGUUCAAGUGAACUUUUCUGAUCACCUGUUGUCCGUCGUCCGUCCGUCCGUAUGUCUGUUAACUUUUCAUUUUUUUACUUCUUUUCUGGAACCACCGGGAUUUUUUAUUGUUUAAAUAAAGGUUAAAACCCCCUUUCAAAAGGGGCAUAGUAAAGGUAGAUUAAAGGUAAAAGGUAAGGGUUUAUAGUCUUGCUCGUCAAGUACAUUGCCUCGCACGCUCUCUACAUAUUACCCCCUGGCGAGACCCGUACAAUCAAUAGCAUCCACAACUCCGUGGGGUGCAUA